AGUUGGGAAAUCAACAACACAAAAUUUAUUGUGAAAUACUUUCUGUGGAAACUGCAUUCAUUUACUUCAUUGAAUUGUUCUUUUUACGAGGAUGGAAGAGGAAGAUGUGCUUACGACUCUAAAGAUUCUGAUAAUUGGAGAAAGUGGGGUCGGAAAAUCGAGUUUGCUUCUGAGAUUUACAGAUGACACAUUCGAUCCGGAACAAUCUGCAACAAUCGGUGUCGACUUCAAAGUGAAAACACUCUCUGUUGAUGGAAACACAGCAAAACUAGCAAUAUGGGACACAGCGGGUCAAGAGAGGUUUAGAACACUAACCCCAAGCUAUUACCGUGGAGCACAAGGCGUCAUAUUAGUGUAUGAUGUGAGCAAUCAGGCCAGUUUCACGCGGCUUGACCAGUGGCUAAAUGAACUGGACACGUACUCGACAAAAGGAGAUAUCGUCAAGAUGCUUGUUGGAAACAAAAUUGACAUGGAGAGACGAGAGGUGACGAGGGACCAGGGACUACGGUUCGCCAGAAAACACACCAUGCUGUUCAUAGAGUGCAGUGCCAAGACAAAAGACGGAGUGCAGUGUGCCUUUGAAGAACUUGUAGAAAAGAUCAUACAGACACCCGGGUUGUGGGAUACCGACACAAAAUCACGAGGAUUGACGUUAACCGGACAGAAGGGCCCAGGGGACAUGGGAUGCUCCGGUUACUGCAGCGUUAUAUGAGUUCAAGUUAUUACAUAAACGGACAGUUAAUUUUUCCUUAUACAAAAAAUGAUCAACGCAAUGCCUUUACUGUGCGUAUUCAUGAAUUCUGUGUACAUUGUGAGCGCACUAUAAGCUGUGGAGUCUGUUUUGUACAGUACAGACUGCAUUGAAACUGCAAGAAAGUUACUUGGAAGGUAAAAUAUACUUUAAGAAUACACAGGGCUCGAAAUUAACACUGGACCACAGGCCUGACCAGUGCUGUAUGCUUCGUUUUUUCAAAGGGAAAGGGUACCGA